CUCUUAAAGUCUUACUGUGGAAGAGCGGACAGGAGUGAGACAGGGGCACCUGUCGUUCGCGUUGCCUCCAGUCCGAAAGAGAGCUCCUUUGCAGAAAAGACGAUUCCUGACCCCUCUCCCUCUCUCUGCUUCUCUGUCUUCGCGUAUAAAAGCAUGUCCCAGACAGUGAAAAAUGAGAAAGAGAGAGCAUCUUCCACUGACAGUGCCUCGUCACGACCCCUUAAACCGGCCCUGAGGAAAGGCUCUCGCUCCGAGUCCGCGCCCUCGGAGACGGCCACCCCGGAACCGGGAGCCGCCACGCCCCGCCGGAGGAAGGGGUCCCCGUCCGAGCCCGUCCGCCGCAAGGCCAAAAAGGGGGGCGAGAACGGCAAGACGUACACCCCACUCCUCAACGCCGUUUUUGGACAGGAGAGAGAACUGUCUACAGUAGAGCUGGAUGAGCUGAACCAAGCCUUCAAGGAGUUUGACUACGACCAAGAUGGCUACCUGAACUACAAAGAUGUCGCUGAGUGCAUGAGGACCAUGGGGUACAUGCCGACGGAGAUGGAACUCAUCGAGAUCAUCCAGCAGAUAAAGAUGAAGCUGGGGGGCCUGGUCGACUUUGACGACUUCUGUGACCUCAUGGGGCCCAGAAUGACAGAAGAGACGGCCCACAUGGUGGGAGUGAGAGAGCUGCAAUGUGCCUUCAAGCAGUUUGACUUUGAUGGUGAUGGACAGAUCACCCAGGAGGAGCUGAAGGAGGCCAUGAAGUCGCACCUGGGCGUGAAGCUGAAGAAGGGAGAACUCGAGGAGAUCCUUAAAGAACUUGACCUCAACGGCGAUGGAAACCUGGACUUUAAUGAGUUUGUUAUGAUGCUGUCCUCGCAGUAGCUACUGUCAUGGUAACCACAGGAUCAGGGCUGAGAAAGGACUAUGUCACCCACUUCCUGGAUUGAACCCAUUCUGAGUAUGUACAUAUAUCCAUUGUUACUAAUGGAUUACAGAACAGUAAAUAACAUGAACAUAUUCAUGAAUAUAGAUAUACUCAUGUGUAUGUCCAGUUAAAUUUAUUCAGGAUUUGUCAAAAUCGUUCAAGUUAUGUCAAAGGUAUUGCAAUAUCAGAAAUAAAAAGACAAAAAAAUUUUUUUUUUUUGAUGGGUGCGAUUUCAAUUAUGAGGGUAACUUCAGCAAAAUAAUUAAAGGCUUACAAUGCAGGA